UAAUAACUUGCUUAAUUUAAAAAAAAAAAUCGAUUGCUAUAUAAAACCCUAGUUAAAUCCUGGUCGUCACCAUUCUCAAUUUCCUAGACCCGCUCCUCCUAGUGAUUUCACUUUCGUAGCGAUUCGGAACAUGAAAGCUUCGAUCAAGUUUCGUGAGGAUCAAAAGCCAUUGCUUAGAGCCAAGGUUCCUAUCAGCAUCUUGAGCUUUCCUUUCCAAUCUGGAAUCGCCGCCGGGGAAUCCAAGGAACUCUCUUUAAGCCUCCGUUCUUUCUUUGACGCCGGACCAUCUCUUAGGUUCUCUUACCGGCCCAACGAUUCUCAGAAGCCGUUUAGUUUUGUUCUGAAAACGGGUAUUGGGCACUUCGGAUCCCCGAAUUCGAGCCCUUUCACCAUGAGUGCCGAGUUCAACCUGAUAGGAACUCAAAGCCCUAGUUUCUUCGUUCACUUCAAGCCUCAGUUUGGCGAUUUCUGCGUCAAGAAAUCACAUUCCUCCUCGGAUCUUGUGAAAAAUUUCAGCGCUGCUUCCAAAUUGAAUGUCGUCGUCCCAGACGAUGUUUUUGUGAAUCCGACUACGAAGGUCGGCUAUGUGGGGGAGAAUGUCAAUUUUGUCGACAGGAAAGUUGGGUUUCUGGCUCCCGAAUCUCAGUUGAAUGGUAUGGUUGAGAGGUUAUUCUCCGGGACAACGGUGACCGCUAGGACAACACUUCCAUUGAAAAGCCGAGCAGUUGUGGACUUCCGAUGGGGGCUGAGGUUUCCGCCGGAGUCUGGGGACGCUGACGGUGUUCUACUGGGUAAGACAGGUCGUACACCCAGCAUUUCUUUCAGGAAUCUUCCCCUGCUCGUGAUGAACAAAAUCGUCAUCAAACACGUGGCCAAGGUCGAGUCCAAGAAGGGCCCUGCCAGCAAUGAGGAUGUUACAGCCGUAUGCUUGAAGGUGCAGAGGCAGCUAGAGCUUAUUCAGGCCGAGAACGGGCUAUUGAGGAAUGCUCUGAAUGAUUUCAGAGCAGAAAUCAAUGAUUUCGAUGGGAAGGGAUCCAAAGUUUGUGCAGGCAAGAAACAAUCGGAUCUGAGCGGGUUGAAAGAGAAGAAACCCGAAGAUGUGAAUGUCGAACUGAAGAAGGCAUUAAAAGCUGGCAAUGGGAAAUAGAAGGUUUUUGAUUGCUCAAUCCAUUCUUGAAAUUUGCUGCGAAUAAGUUAGAGCCUUAUACGCACAAUAUUUCUUUAAUGCUGCCCAAAAACUUUGUUUUUGGUAUACAUACAUUUGGAGUGAUUUUUUUAUUAUUAUUAUGAACCUGUCUCAGUGGAGUAUUAUGUGUAUAGUUUUCAAUUCUAGCAGCGGCUUCAAUAGGCAAAUGAUUUGCUUUAUCAACCAAUUUCUGCACCUUGAACUUUGAACUGUUUGUACUCGUGCUCUUUAAAGUGUU